CGUUACUAUUUCGCUUUAAGCCUCGCCGUGCUCAAUAACGAGGCCGUCCAAACAGUACGCCGCGUUGCGUCGUUACCGUUCGCGUACCGUUAACGUCUCUGCCUCGGUCAUAGCGAGGCAACGCUUAGCUUUAGCUAUGGCUAGCUAGCUAGCCAGCUAACGCUGGAGCCGAGCACCACCGCCGCCGUCGCUUUCGUGGUAGAUUUAACACGCUCCUUGAUAGGAUGUCGUCUGCACAGUUGGAGUUCGCUGUGCAGAUGACAUGCGGGAGCUGUGUUGACCAAGUCCGAGCAGCGCUUGAAGGCAACCCAGGAGUGACAUGGGUUAGCAUCAAUAUGGAGAAGGAGGAGGUGCUGGUGGAGGCGACUCUGACCACUGCGGAGGUGCAGGCUCUGAUAGAGAGCACCGGACGCAGGGCGGUGCUGAAGGGGAUCGGAUCACAGCAAGACCUGGGUGCUGCAGUGGCCAUGUUGGCUGGUGUGGGUCCAAUCCAGGGAGUGGUGCGGUUUGUCCAGCUGUCUGAGGAGAGAUGUGUGAUUGAUGGGACCAUAGAUGGCCUGGAGCCUGGAGCCCAUGGACUCCAUGUCCAUACCCUAGGUGACCUCACACAAGAUUGCCUCAGUUGUGGCGAGCACUAUAAUCCCUUUGGGAAACAGCAUGGCGGACCGGGGGACGCUGAAAGGCAUGUAGGUGAUCUGGGGAAUGUUGUUGCUGGAACAGAUGGCAGAGCCUCAUUUAGAUUAGAGGACUCGCAGCUAAAGGUAUGGGACGUGAUUGGCCGAUCGUUGGUGGUGGAUGAAGGAGAGGAUGACCUCGGUCGGGGUGGCCACCCCCUCUCAAAGCAGACUGGCAACUCCGGGGAAAUGCUGGCCUGCGGGAUCAUCGCUCGCUCGGCGGGCCUCUUCCAGAACCCAAAGCAGAUCUGUGCCUGUGACGGGGUGACGCUGUGGGAGGAGAGGGACAGACCCAUAGCCGGGACGGGACGCAGCAAGAUCAGCACGGAGACACUCACAGCUAACCUCUGAACCUGGGACCCCACAGCCACCCGUCUGAUUCUUGACAUUUGUGGCUGAUGAUGUCACGCAGGAAUAAGGGAGAGAAAAUGUAUUGACAGAAUGAGGGAAAGAGACAAAAACACCGAGGAAAGUGUGGAGAGACGGGUGAGCAAAUAACCAGAGACCAAGCUCUUAUUUUCUUACGGUCUGAAAUGGUCAUUCGCUGGUCUCACUGCAUUUCCUCGAUGGAAGGCAAAGCACUAGAUCAGCUCAAUACAUGGCUCGGGACUGCGAAAAUACAUCGAUUUAUGUUCAUUAAUAUUAUUUAAGGUUGACUUUAACCACACACCAACCAGGGCUGUUUGAUCACCUGUUAGAAUUGAUUUACUCAUAUGAAAUGAGCGACCCAUUUAAACCCCACGCCUACUGUGUGAUUCACGGCUUAAUAAUGGGCUUCAGGUUGCCUUUUUAAGUGUCCGGAGACGGUGAUGACGAACCCAUACUAAUGAAAAUCACACUGUUCAGGCUUCACAUAACCGUGUUGAUUGCAAAACCGAACAAUCUCCCUUCUCAUCCCAGACUAAGCUGUCCAGUUUAGAAUAGUGCCUCCUUCUCUGUAGUUGUCUGUUCGUUUUGAAGCCAUGAGUUGGUGUAAGUGACUCGGGUUUGGGAGAGGAGAGAGUCAAAUUCCAGCCAAAGAGAAAGGUAGAUGUGUUUGUGUGUGUGUGUGGGUUGGUGGGAGGGGGGGCGGGGGUCCCACUGGUCAGCUGUCUGCUUUUCAUGGCGGUCCAGUGUCGAGUUCCUUUAUCGGUGCCUCAGGACUGAAGGACAAGGGCGACAUUGAACUUCAUUUGACAUUCAAGAUCCCUUUAUAUGAGGUUUCUUAUUCUCUGCAUGUUCUCCCUGGACACGAUGGCAGUCUUACUGGGCACUCACACUUAUCAUUACACUGGUCUACAAAAAUAUAGUUUUUUUUUUUCUUGCAUGGACUUUGGAAACUGUUUUCGGCUAAUUUUGGGCUGCUGAAUCCAAAUCUGAGCUCAGAUUGGCUCUAUCGCAUCAAGUCUUUGUGCCAUCUGCAUGCUCCUGAUUCAGGAUUUUACAAAAGUUGACCAUCUAGUCUGACAAUCUCGGCGGGGAUAAAAAUGACCCCUAUUCAUUCCCUGAGUAACUUCAUGCUAGGCUGAGUGUUUAUUUAUUCAUUGUAAUCAUUUCUGCAUCUAUCCAUUUUCUAAUGCAACGGUGUGUUUUUAACUUCGAGUGUAAAGUUGCUGUUUUCUCAAAAAUAAUGAUUUUUUUCAUAGUUCAAAAACCUGAUGUGAUAGGCAAAACCCAAUGCCAGAUUUGGAUUCAGCACCCGAAAGCUGGCUUGAAUCCGCUGAAAAACCCCAUGCAAGAAACAUUAUGUUGACCAGUGUCCUUAUAUGAACCUGUUUUUUUUUUUUGUUUGCUUGCUGCUUUUUUCUACCUGCAAAAGAGACCAAUAUUGUUUAUUGUAUAGCUUUACAAUGCAGCACAUUCAUGCAUUGGUUUGUAAAUUGAGCAUCAGUCCCGCUCCUCCUGGGGAUGCGUCAGUGAGCUCUUUGGAUUCGACCCCGGAUGUGGAUGACUGCUGAACUCCUCAACGCAGCAGAGAUCGAAGAAGCUUCGUCGCUGACAACGAGGUCGACACGGUGGCCGCUGGCUGGCGGGUCUGACCCUUUAGUCGAGCGGUCCGCGACGUCUCCUGCGGUGCGGGCGAUACGGGUUCGUUUCCCGGCCGCGGCACUUCCUGCCCCGACUUCGCCUACAGUAUUAUACGACACGAAUAGCUUGUUCUCAGUUCACUUAAAACGCACUAAACUCGGGAACCUGCUGAUUCCGUUCACUUUAAAUAUCUUCUUUUUUUUCCAUACACAGAAAUGUACCACUUUCUUUUCUUCUUUUUAACCCACGAUGGCCCCCAAUACGCCGUCGUAGACGUGUAAUGCCGUCACAAUAAA